UCAUUGCGUCAGACCCCAGUACGAAGAUCAUUACAGAACUGUUGUAGAAAUCCAAGGAUAUCUCCGUCGGUCUAAAUCAUGGACAGCGACAACGAAGUGGUUUCGAUGAAAGAAUCCAAAAGAAGGGAGCGCCAGUCCGGUCCAGGCCGUUACACUUCAUAUGAUGUUGAAGCUCUGGAGAAUCCAGAUUCUGGAAUUGGCCUGUGUGGCUGGCUGCUGGUCGGACUUUCUCUCCUCCUGAUGCUACUCACUCUCCCCCUCUCCAUAUGGAUGUGCAUUAAGAUUGUGAAAGAGUAUGAGCGAGCCAUUAUCUUUCGACUCGGGCGCAUCUUGAAAGGAGGAGCCAAGGGCCCAGGGUUGUUCUUCAUCUUACCAUGCACUGACAGCUUCAUUAAUGUGGACAUGCGUACCAUCACCUUUGACAUCCCACCACAAGAGGUUCUGACCAAAGACUCUGUGACCGUGAGUGUUGAUGGUGUGGUGUACUACCGGGUCCAGAACGCCACCCUGGCUGUAGCUAACAUCACCAACGCGGACGCCGCCACCCGUCUGUUGGCUCAGACCACCCUGAGGAACGUCCUGGGCACCAAGAACCUGGCAGAGAUCCUGUCUGACCGUGAGGAGAUCGCACACAGCAUGCAGUCCACUCUGGACGACGCCACAGACGACUGGGGAAUUAAGGUGGAGCGCGUGGAGAUCAAGGACGUGAAGCUGCCCAUGCAGCUCCAGAGAGCCAUGGCAGCCGAGGCAGAGGCGAGCCGUGAGGCCAGAGCCAAGGUGAUCGCUGCCGAGGGCGAGAUGAACGCCUCCCGCGCCCUGAAGGAGGCCUCCCUAGUGAUCGCAGAGUCCCCUUCAGCUCUGCAGCUGCGCUACCUGCAAACCCUCAACACCAUCGCCGCCGAGAAGAACUCCACCAUCAUCUUCCCGCUGCCGCUGGAGAUGAUGCAGGGCUUCAUAAAACACUGAGGGAAAACUCCUUCUAUGCCCCCUCCCAAAAAAAAAAAACCACACACACCUAUAGGUCAAUGAGGCUUUAGGCUUUUAACCAGCAGAGUUUCUAAAGUAGCUAAUUGCUACUUUUCUUUGAUUUUAAUUUUUGAACUGCAACUGUUUAACCUCAACUCUUUACAUAUUCUGUUUUUAAUUUAAAGCUCCUGCUGGAUGGGUGAGCUGCCUCUGCUCUCACACGCACACAUACUCCAAAUCUAUCCUGAUAUUGUAACACUGUUACCACUGCUGCCCAAACAGCAAGGGAAUCAUUUUCAAAUGAUUUAUAAAACUAUUAAACUCAGUAUUUUAACCUCAAAGGGUCAAAAAGAGUCGUGUUUCAGCCAGUGAAAAAGAUGCAUCAUGCUAACCGCUCUCUUUCUUUUCUUGCAGUGCCUUGUAGAAUUUUUCACACCUCUUGACCUUCUUCACUUUCCCUCACUUUAAAAACCACAAACCUCAGAGUGAUUUUUUUGGUGUUUAUGUUAUGGAACAACACAGAGUGAUAUAUGAUAACGGAGUGAAAGAAAACGGAUGGAAGACCUACACUUAAUUAUAAGAAGGAUUAAUUGGAUAAUUGAUCCUCUGUCAGUUUCCUGCAGGCUGAAUGUCAUCCAUCAGUUCUGACCAGCUUUCCUGUCCUUGCUAAAGAAAGUCCCCUCAGCAUGAUGCAGCCCCCACUGUAUUCUUACUGAUGUCCUCAAUCCAACAGAAACAGCUGUUUUUUAAACCAAAACUUCUUUCUCAUGGUAUUCGAAAUGGAUUUUAUUGAUGCAACACUACUGGAUUUUUAUACGUAAAAAAAAUGUAGGAUCCAUUCUGCUCUACUUUGUGUUGAUCCAUCCCAUAAAACUCCUAAAAGAUCGGGGUUGUAUUGGGACACAUUGUUGAGAGGUUCAAGGGGUAUGAAGAGUGGGCUCUGUACAUAAAAACAGGGAGGACAGCCAGCACUCCUGGAAAUAGAUAAACUGUUACUUUAAUCCACUUAUAAGCUGAAAAGUUUUAUGUUAUCUGGCUGUACAUAUUUACUAUAAGCUUUCUAUCAACUCACAGUAUAUGAAGUAUUUAGUGGACAAUACAGGCUUUAAAUACCUGUUAUCUAUUAAGCUGACAAAACCCAGAGUAUAUAUCUAAUAGUAUAGUUCAUUAAUAUCAGUCGUGCCUUUUCAUUUCAUCCUAUCCUCAGAUUUCUUACUCUUUAAAAAUCAGGGGCUACGAAUCUUUCAGCCAAAAGCCUUAACUCACUGCCAACCAACCAUCUGGGUUAAUAUUACACUCUUCUCAAAUGUAACCCUUUUUAUGCCAUAUUUUCUGAGUGUAACACAAACCAAAAACGUAUUAACCUUUAUACUAACCUGUGAAAAUAUAGAUGCAUCUUCAGUAGCUAGACUGUUAGUAAAUGUAGUUUAUGCAUCUUGUAAGUUUUAACUGUUGUGUUUUUCAAAACGCAGAUCAGCCUUUAAAUUAUCACCACUUCCUUUAAACCAGGAUAAUCAGUAAAAGCCUCCAUGGAUCAGAGCUUUUUUGUUUUUUGGUUCACUUAGAUCAAUGUUCUGCAACCUUUAUAAUCUGAAGAGCCAUUUAUCCCCAAUUCCAUCUAAAUAAAAGCAGCUUAGAGCUGAAAACAUGACAUCACCUUAUGUUAAAACGCAGAUUAAUUUUUGAUAAAUAUCCUCCAUAGGAAAGCUGUUACAGUUCUAAACAACCUACUGUUUUCUAUUUUAGCUUUUAAAAUAAGUGCAAACAAAAAGAAAUCUGAAAAAAGAGAAUGCAUUUUUAAUUAAUUGAUAUUUAUAAAUCUCACACUGAAAAAAUUCACCUCUGCAUUUGUGCUGCGCCCUUAUCAGUGUGCAAGCGCACUGCUCUAACCCACUUGGCCAAAACACCCCAACAAAGGCAUGGAUUUUCUACUAUGACCCAAAAAAAAAAGGGUUUUAUGAUGUAAUAAGAAAAAUACAACAGCAUACCAAGCAUCUAAGACUGCUAUUUGUUAUUAUACCAUAUUCUAAAUUAUUAGUUAGCAUCUAAUCAUUUUCAGCCAUCAUUAAGAGCCAUUGCAGAGAAUCCAAGGAGACAUUUUGACUCCAGAGCCACAGGUUGCAGACCCCUGUCUUAGAUUGACGAAAACAAUUGUCUGUCCAUGUUGGUUUUCUGUACCUGCAGCCUUUCACCCCUUCAGAUCAUUUAUUUCUACCUCACUUAUGGGUAUUAUUUUGGGGGGGGGAAAGCAAACUUGUAAAUCUUCUGCUCAAAUAUCCUAAAUUUCAUUAAUAAUAUUAUGAAAACUUCAAAAUUUCAGCCCAUACUGUAGAUAAUAAACCUUGAUUAAUGAUAAAGCAUUUGGCAUUUCGAGGUAAAUAUUUUAUCUAAUCUAUGAAAAGAAAUCUAUACAUAAUCAAUAAAGUUGUAUAUGGAGAGUUUUCUCAGCGGUCAUAAUAUUCUGGCUGAUCUGUGUGUGUUGUUUAGUAGUUUUGUGUGGGUAGUGAGUAGAAUCACCUUUUAUUACAUGUUUUAUCAUAAAGCCGUUACAUUUUACAGUAGUAUUUCCUGUAUGAGCUGCUGUUCAGUCAUUUUAAGCUGAAGGUUUGAUUAAGGCAAACAUUGAUCAGUAGCUUCUCUGCACCCUGCAGAUCAACUGCUCAGUGUCGUUUAUGAUCGCGUCUCCUUUCGAUGCAAUUAUUUAAGCUGGUUUAUCACGUUUUUACAAGUUUAUUAUUGAUAAAAGAUGAUUUCUUUUAGGUUUGUGCUGUUGCCUUUUACCAGCUUGUUUGAUAUGAUUUUAACAUUCAAUGCCUGUACACGAUUUUAAAUAAAGAUGGUAUCCAAAUCUUA